AUGCAGUGUGAGGUGCAGGGCUCCAGUACACCAGAGGCGGUCUCCUCUCUCUUGAAAGAAGUAUUUCGACUUGACAGAGAGGUGCGUGUGGAGCGCUCUCAUCGCAUCGGACCUGUGCGUAAUGCUGGGGACAGACCACGCGUCAUCAUUGCCAGGCUCAACAGCGAGGGGGACGCCGAGGACAUCCUGAGGAGAGCGCGCAGCGGAGGUGGUCAGCUCCGGUACAGAGGAAGCCCUAUCGCCGUCUUCCCCGACUACACAACCAGGCGCGGGCAGCCUUCACUGAAGCUCCGGGUCACACACAACAACGUGGAGAAGGAGUUCGUAGAUGCAACUAAAGCCAUGGACUAUGUCAAGAAAAUCAUUCUGUUUCCCCGAGAGGACGGCGAACAGAGACUGAACUGA